GAGACUGGGAAUAUCUUCAUCGGAACGCCUCCAUUUUCAGUCUGUAGAGAGAGAAAUCUCUGAAUUUUCUAGAGAGAGAAAACUCAUUGACGCAGACGUUGCUUUUCUUUUUUAGGGUUAGGGUUAGGGUUGGGGUUUUAAUUUUUAAACCAUCAACUCGGAACAAAGAAGCUUACACUAUGAAGCAGAUGAUCCAGACUCAUCGUUUUGGUUGCUCUUUCGUUCUCGGGAAUUUCUUGCUUCUUCUGUAAGUUUCUCUUGUUUGCUCUUGUUUUCUAUCCAGGGAUUAUCUUUCUUUUCAUUUGCACGGGCGACGAUGCUUCACGCUCGGGUUCAAUUCUCGGGUGUUUGAAUACAGAGGUUUAAAGGAAAGCUCUUUUCCCGUGGUUUUGUUUCAUUUAUCUGCGAAAAAUUUCGCGUUUGAGGUAGCCGUUGAAGUGUGAUAGCAGAGUCUUGGUUCACUCCUGAAUGGUUAAUUUGGAGGAGAGCGUGAAAACAGUUGGAAAGAUUGGGUUCUUGCUUGGUGAUUGUGGAGAAAUGUCUACGGAGGGCUGACGAUCAUUAAUAAUCAGAGAAUAGAUAUUGAAAUGAGGAACUCGGGCAUAAUCUGAGGUUGCAGCAUGAGUUGCAGCGAGAGUAAUACAGGAGGAGAACAAGGGGAAAUUGAGGAAUCGAUUAUAAGAAAUUCCGUUGAGGUUGACCCAAAAUCUUUCACCCAGAAUGGGUCGAUUAUGGCCCCCCAGUUAACAAUUGAUGAGAAUCUUCUUGUUGAUCCAAAAUUAAUUUUUAUCGGAUCGAAAGUUGGUGAAGGAGCACAUGGGAAAGUUUAUGAAGGAAGGUACGGUGAUCAAAUUGUUGCUAUCAAAGUUCUCCACCGUGGAAGCACUUCAGAAGAAAGAGCUGCACUUGAGGGACGUUUUGCCCGGGAAGUUAAUAUGAUGUCAAGAGUAAAACAUGAGAAUCUUGUCAAGUUUAUUGGAGCUUGUAAGGAUCCUUUAAUGGUGAUAGUUACAGAGCUAUUACCAGGUAUGUCACUUCGGAAGUAUUUAACCAGUAUUCGUCCAAAACGGAUGGACAUUCAUGUUGCAUUAAGUUUUGCUCUUGACAUUGCUCGAGCCAUGGAGUGUUUGCAUGCCAAUGGGAUUAUACAUAGAGAUCUUAAACCUGACAAUUUGUUGCUUACGGCCAAUCAGAAAUCUGUAAAGCUUGCAGAUUUUGGUCUUGCAAGGGAAGAAUCUGUGACUGAGAUGAUGACCGCAGAAACUGGGACAUACCGUUGGAUGGCUCCCGAGCUGUACAGCACUGUGACAUUGCGUCAGGGCGAGAAGAAGCAUUAUAAUAACAAGGUUGAUGUCUACAGCUUUGGGAUUGUCUUCUGGGAAUUAUUGACCAAUCGCAUGCCAUUUGAAGGCAUGUCAAAUUUGCAGGCCGCUUAUGCUGCUGCAUUUAAGCAAGAGCGCCCUAGUCUUCCAGAAGACAUAUCCCCUGAUCUUGCAUUUAUCAUACAAUCUUGUUGGGUUGAGGACCCUAACAUGCGACCCAGCUUCAGCCAGAUCAUCCGCAUGCUGAACACAUUUCAUUUCAAAGUCACACCACCUCCAUCAUCAUUACUAGAAGAAUCUGACACCAAUGGAGCAGCAAUGUCUAGCAAUGGUACCAUGACCGAGUUGUCCGCACGUACGAGAGGGAAGUUUUCUUUCCUUCGCCAACUUUUUGCUGCAAAGAGGACAAGGAAUUCACAGUGAGCUGGUCAGAACAUCUCAGCAAGAUUGAGAGGGCUUGGCUUGUGGACCGCCCAAACAAUGUGAUCAAUUAUGGAAGAAUGGAUGAAUAUGGCACAUAUGGUAGGACCCAAUAGUAUUGAUAGGAUUAAGUGAUGUGGACAAAAGUUGGAAAAAAGUUACAGAAUCGACCGGCCUUACUUUCUGUCAAUUCAGGUAUUGAGUGGUAAACUCUAGCUAUGACUGCCCUGCCAACCACUGCUGUUCUUUGUAAUCACCACCCGUUUGCAGUGUAUUUGUGGGCAUCGACAAAGCAAAUGUACCAUUUUGUACAGAAACACAGUUUGCGGGACCAACAAGCCCUCAAUUCCUUGAUGUGGAGUCGUCAGUCCUUUGCAGUGAAGUCGAGUUUCACAGUUUUUUUUUCACCUCAAAAUCACUGAAUGAUUUCAAAUGAAAAUGAUGAUAUGAAGUUACUGGAGAGUAACUUUGAUA